AUGCGCGUGAUUGUCAUCGGCGCGGGGGCAUCGGGAAUCUACAUGGCAUACAAAUUGAAGUACAAUUUCACAGACUUUGUGCUAGAUAUAUACGAGAAGAAUGCAGACAUUGGGGGAACGUGGUUUGAGAAUCGGUAUCCGGGUUGCGCAUGCGACGUUCCUGCUCACAACUACACGUACACUUUCGAUCCCAAGUGCGACUGGUCUUCCACCUAUUCCUCAUCGCGCGAGAUCUUCCAAUACUUCAGUGACUUCGUCGACAAGCACGAGCUCCGUCAGUACAUCGCGAGUCACCACGAGGUGACCGAAACCCGCUGGGACGAGAACGCCUCCGAGUGGGUAGUGCAGGUCUACAACCGAGAGAUAGAUUCUACCUUUGAGCGACGAUGUGACUUUCUCAUCAAUGCAUGUGGUGUCUUGAAUUCGUGGCGCUGGCCUACAAUUCCCGGUAUCCAGAGCUUCAAGGGUCCGCUGCUCCACACCGCAGCCUGGGACGACAACGUCGAUCUGACGGGGAAGCGCGUCGGGCUCAUUGGCAAUGGCUCGUCGGGAAUCCAGAUCCUUCCCCAGAUCCAGAAAGUCGCCAAACAUGUAACGACCUUCGUCCGGAAGCCCACAUGGGUGAUCCCAACAUUUGGGUCAGAAAUGCGCGAACAUACAGAUGAAGAGAGGCAGCAAUUUCGUGAAAAUCCCGAGGAAUACUUGAAGAUGCGCAAGGCCACCGAAAAGGUGUUGACAGGCGUGUAUCCGCUCUUCAUCAACGACUGGCCUAUACAGACCCAGACAGCCGAGUAUAUGAAGGCCAGCAUGAAGGAGAAGAUCAACAACGAAGAGCUUGCUGAACAGCUGAUCCCCGAUUUCCCGGUGGGAUGUCGUCGACUAACGCCCGGCGUAAACUAUCUCGAGAGCCUGACCCUCCCGAACGUCACUACACUGUACGGCGAAAUCACCGAAAUCACCCCUACAAGCUGUAUCACCUCCACCGGGACCGAGACCGAGCUAGACAUACUCAUCUGCGCCACCGGCUUCGACACAACCUUCCGCCCACGCUUCCCCCUGAUCGGCCGCUCCGGCCACAACCUCCAAGACGAAUGGGCCCACGAGCCACGCAGCUACUUAGGCGUAGCCGCAAGCGGAUUUCCAAACUACUUCAUGUUCCUCGGCCCCAACUCCCCGGUAGGCAGCGGCCCCUCGAUCAUCAGCAUCGAAGUGCAAGGAUCCUACAUCGCAGAGUUCCUCAAUCGGUGGCAAAAGGAGGACAUCAAAGCAUUCGACCCCAAACGCGAAGCCGUCGACGACUUCAUAACGCAAAAAGACCUAUUCAUGGAGCAGACGGUGUGGAACUCCAACUGUAAGACAUGGUACAAGAGCCCCGUGACGGGCAAGGUCACCGCGCUGUGGCCGGGCAGCGUGCUGCACUACAUCGAGACGAUGGCGAAGCCGCGCUACGACGACUACGACGUCACGUAUGCGAGCAAGAACCGCUUUGCAUAUUUGGGGAACGGCUUUAGCCAGAUGGAGCAUCGCCCGGACGCUGAUACCUCGUAUUAUAUCCGGGCCCGGGACGACGGGGCCUCUGUGGCGGAUUCCUGGGGCCAUUGA